AUGAGCAAUCUUCGCCUAACCAUUGCAGUGUUUUUGGCCGCUCUUUUUCAAACUCUGUGGUGGAAGCCAAGGGGAAAGAGGCCACAAUCAAAUUUUCAUGCAAAAAGAAUUCGGACUGUUUUACAAACAUUGCUUGUUAUGCUUUGUACUGAUUACCGAUGUGAUAAAGGAUUAUGUAAAUGCCAUGGUUUUGGUGGAGAAAAGGAAAAUCCCACAGCUGCGCCAUUAACUGCUUAAUUUCUCCAUUUCUUUUUUAAAUUUAUCUUUUGUUUUCUUGUAAUGCAAAUGGAUAAUUAAAAAGAUUUCAGAUCAAAUUAUAUCCUAUUAAUUAUUUUAAAUCAUUAUAUUUUAUCUCAUCUCUGCUUGAUCCUUUUACAUAAAAAUAUAAUAAUCACAUCAUCCAUAUUUUUUUUCUGCAUUUGUACGUGUUAAAAACUGCCACUAGUGAUUAAAUCCGGAAGUUAAUUUCAGGCAAAGUUAAUUUAGUUUUUUCCACCAAUUUUUUAAUUAUUAAAUUGUGUUUGGUUAUAUGAAUAAUACUAGGAAAAAGUAUGAGAUAUUUUUGCCCUUAAUAAGUGUCUUUUUUAAAAAAACAGCUUAUUAAUUAAUGACAUUUAAUGUAAAUCUUAACACGUC